AUGGAAUCCUCUGACUCAGAUGAAGAAGACUCAAUUGAUUCAUGCAAUGCUGUGGACUUGGGUCGUGCUCGUGAUAGAAGCCUUGAAGUAGAUAAAACUACUGAACAUGCCCCCCCACUGCCACUGUUAUGGGUGAUAAGAAGCUUGAUGAAUGCCAGGAGUGAUAUGAUCAUUAGGACCAACAAAAAGGUUCCAUGGUCAGAAUUGUUUGUUAAAAAUAGAGACCCGGCCAAUUGUGCAAAGGAAGCUCUUAAAAACUUGAUGGCAACCUGGAGAGUGAAAGUUGUCUCUGCACAACAUGAUAAAGGAUGGAUUGUUUUCAAAUUCCUUAGAGAAGAGGAUGCCAAUGAGGUAAUCAUGAAUGGCCCUUAUAGUGUGCAUGGAAGAAAUCUGAUUUUAAAAGGGAUGCCUAGAUUUUUUCAGUUUAGGGUGGAGCAAAGAACUGUUGUUCCAGUAUGGAUCCAGUUAAAGGAUCUUCCUUUUGAAUUAUGGCACCCUUGUGCAAUUGGGAGGAUAUGCUCACAGACUGGGAGGCCCUUGUGCAUGGACAAACUCACUACUAUUCGAUAUAGAAUCUCUGCUAGGGCUAUGGUUGAAGUGGAUGUAGCUAAAGAGAUCAAGUACAGUGUAGACAUAAUGUUGCCAGAUGGGAUGGAAAUUACUCAGGAGAUUGUGUAUGAAGGUCUGCCAAGGUUUUGUACUAAAUGCAAGGCCUUGGGACAUUCAGCUGCUUUCUGCAAGCCUAGGGCUGGCCCUAAGAAGCCUGCAGGUCCUCAAUACAGACCUAAAAGAGUAGCUCAAACUUCUGAAACUGAAAUAGAUAAGGCAGGAGCAAGCAAUGCAAUUAGGAACAAGGUGAAAGAGAAUAUGGGUAACAGUGAGGUGCCGCAAUGCAAAGUCACCAAUCAGAAGGAGGUAAAUCUAAAUCUUAAUGCUAGUAAGUCAGACUCUAUUGAAGAAGAUCCUUCUAAAGACAUGGAUAUGGGCAAUAAAGAGAAUCCCAGUCCAGUUGAGAAAAAUCAUGAUAUAUCCUCUGUUAGGGAUCUUCCUAGUAAGGGCCAGAUCCUGGGUGAAAAGGAUAAGGAUUGUGGCAAUAAUAAUAAGAAUGAAAUGAAGAUGAAGGAGAAUGUUCCAAAUACCAAAGAAGAUCAAAGUAGAAUUAAAGAUAAAAGGAAAAGAGGUUGA